UUCACAAGGUUGGAGCACGCAUUCCCGCACGCUGGGGUCUCGCCGGGCCUCUGCGCGACGAAGCGUAGGGAUCACAGAGGGGGGCUCUGCUAAUACCCUCGGCGCUCGCCUUGCUUCGCACCCACACUCUCAUCACUUCCCAAUACCUGGCUAAAGGACGGAGGCUACGGUCCGGGCGUGGAUUGGGUCCCGCGUGGGGCCUGGGGCGACCCCCCGCCAGCCCACCGCAGCGGAGCGAGCGGCCGCCAGAGGGAGGUGGUGAGACCUGGGAUUACCCGCUGGGGAAGGAGGCAGAGCCGAGAGAGGGAGAGGGAGGGAGAAGCGGGCGAGAGGAAAGACCCAGAGCCAGAGGAAGAGGAAAGCCGGAGAGAGCAGUCGCGAACGUGGAAAGGACAUCGUUUGGUAUUAUUUAAAUAAGAGUAAUAGUAGUAGUAAGAAUACGCCCGGCCGACCGAGGCGAGCCUGCCGGAGCUUCCCCUCGGGCUCUCCAGGCGGAAGGUGGAAUCCUGAUGGGCUCAGAACGGAGGGAGAUGCAGAAGCGACAGAUGUCUGCAGCCCAGGAGACAUCAGACUCCCUCCUGGGCCAGCACGGAGUGGGGAACCGAGGAUCCAACGCUUGCUGCUUCUGCUGGUGCUGCUGUUGUAGCUGUUCAUGUCUCACUGUUAGAAAUCAAGAACAGGGACCCGGGAGGGCUUCCCAUGAACUCAGAAGAGACGACCUUCCAACCUGGGAAGAAAGCCCAACUCCUACUCUGGAAGAGGUCAGUGCCUGGGCGCAGUCCUUCGACAAGUUGAUGCUCACCCCAGCAGGAAGGAAUGCUUUCCGCGAAUUCCUCCGGACAGAAUUCAGUGAAGACAAUAUGCUUUUCUGGAUGGCGUGUGAGGAACUGAAAAAAGAAGCUAAUAAGAGCAUUAUUGAGGAAAAGGCAAGGACAAUAUAUGAAGACUACAUUUCUAUUCUUUCUCCUAAAGAGGUCAGCUUAGACUCCCGAGUCAGAGAAGUCAUCAACAGGAACAUGGUGGAGCCAUCCCAACACAUAUUCGAUGAUGCACAACUUCAGAUUUACACCUUAAUGCACAGAGACUCAUAUCCCCGAUUCAUGAAUUCUGCUGUCUAUAAAGAUUUGCUCCAGUCCUUAUCUGAGAAAUCCACUGAAACAUAG